UAGCACGUUAUCGUGUUUCUGAUAAAACACGAUGAUUUUAACUAUGUAGCAAACUGUUUCCAAAUAACAACAGCAAGUGUCUGAUAAAAUUGCAAUUGCCUCUUCAUUCUUACUGGAUUAUACCUGGAUUAUGGAGUGCCUUUCUAGAUCACAGACUAGCUCGGAGGAAAAAAUUUACUAAACAAGUGCCUUCAGAGGUGAACAAGAGUGUUAAUGAGAUUCUUUGGACAACUAAUUGAAGAAAAACAUAACGUUUAAUUUAAUUAGCAGAUGUCUUACAAGUGAUGAACAUUCGAUUAUCCUACAAAAUAGUUAAAAGUUGCUAACAUGAUAUUUAUAAGCAUAUGCUUAAUUAAGACAACAUACUGAAUUUAUGAUGAAUUAGUGCUCCUAAGAUGAUAUAUCAACAAAGAGAAAUUUACGACAGAUUAAAUGAUGUUAUUUAUAAUAUAAAAGGAUUAUCAAAAGGCUUCAAUGUUGUAAGUACAAAAGUAAUUGACAGCCUCUCUUAGGAACGGAAAAUUAUUCACUUACAAUUGUUAGAAUGCAAAAUGUUUUAUAACAAACUCCACUUAAUGGUUGUUUACAAUCAAAAAUAGAUAUUGCACUCAAACAGGAACACAAUAUAAUCAUCAAGGGAGGCAAUGUCUUUCAAGUUGUAUUAAAACGACAUAUAGGCUAGGUAAUCUUGGGAAUAGUUUUCAGCAUUGCAGAACAAACGGUGUAUUUAUAGAUAAAAGUAGUGAAUCAUGGAAUCUAGCUUUACUUACCGAGACUUGAUGACAGAAAAUCGUGACCUAAUUCAACUGAAUUUGACAAACAUCACUGAAAAUGUAGACGAAAACAAUAUUCUAUAUGAAUAUAACUUGAAAGAAUUUAAAGCAAAGUUACCGGCAAUAAUUUACACAUCUAUUUUAAUGCUUAUUGGAACACCAGGGAACGUCAUUGUGUUGUAUGUUUAUUUCUUUAAAUGGAGGAAGAGUACAUCAAGGAUGUUUAUAUUGUUUUUAACCGCACUGGAUUUAAUCAAUUGUAUGACAACUUUACCAAUGGAAAUAUACAUAAUGAUAUAUUCAGUAAUUCUUGAUAAACCUUGGCUUUGUAAGGUGACGCGAUUUUCUACGUAUAUACUAAAUAGCUCGUCAGCGGCUAUUCUUGUAGCAAUCGCUAUUGACAGAUUUCGACGGAUCUGUCGACCUCAUGGACCUCAAUUUAGUGCUCAGAGGUCAAAAUACAUGUGCAUAGGCUGUAUAUUAAUUGCCUUGACAAUAACUUGGCCGUCUUUACUAUUUUAUGGAACAAGAACUAUUCCGUUAGGAAAUGUUAAUGGCAAAUCAUGUUUGUUAGAAAAUAGAUAUGACCGAUCAAUAUAUCCAACCAUAUUUUUCAUAUUACAGAUGGCAAGUACAGUUGCUAUAUUCACCACAUUAUCAGUUUUGUAUUAUUUUGUUGGAAUACAAGUAUGUAAACAUCGAAAGAUGCGAUUGAUACGAAAAGCUGAAACUGCUGCUGCUAAGAGCAUGAUUGAAAAAGAAAGUUCAUCGCCUAGUAAAGAUGAAACUCUGCUGCAAGAAUCUGAUUCAACCGAAUUAAAGAGAUCACAGAUAAGACGGAAGUCUUUAAAAGAAACUAAAUCUGACGGUAUAGAAUUAAAACAAUUGGAAGUCCCCCAGCUUAAUUUGAGUCAUUCAUUUAAUGAAAUUUCUGCUGCUGACACGGUUUCUACUUGUGACGGAAAAUGUGAGACUAUUGUAUCUGUUCCCAUCGAGCAACGGAACGGUGGCUCGAGCAAAAAGAGACCACGGACUAGUAAAAAGAAAUUUAGAAAGAGGAAAGGGACGUUAAAAGAUUCGUUAACGAAAAUGAACGGACAUUGUAUGCACAUGAAGAUACGUAUCGGACGGUCUACUUUAAUGUUGUUUCUUAUUACCUGUGCAUACAUAAUUAGUUUUCUACCGUUUUAUAUUAUUGCCAUUAUCCGCCAGACUUACUCAGGUUUCUUGAGUCAAUUAGAAGGCACUAGUUAUAUGACAUAUAACGUGUUUUUGAGGUCCUACCUUUUAUCUAGUGCUAUAAAUCCUAUAAUUUAUUCAUUUUGUAAUGCUCAAUUUAGAACAUUCUGUCUUGAUAUGUGCCGAAGAAAGCAGGAUAGACGAGUAACAUUGUAAAAGUGUUUGUAGUAUGUACUUGUAAGUUUUGUCUAAAUAAAAUGCUCAGAUAUAUAAAGUAGUAUUUAGUUUGUAGCAUGAUCCUUUUUUCAUUAUUUUUUAAUAAAAUUUUAAUUUGCAAAAUUGUCAUUUAAAUAUCGUUGUUAAUUCACGUAUUACAAAUUGUUUGUUUAAUCAAAAAAGUAUUUAUUAAAAAUAAUUGAUGCAAAUUGUCCUUUAACAUUACAAUAAUAAAAAUAAAUUUCUACUCAACAAUUUCAAAGUAAACAGAAUAAGAACUGGUUCAAUAACUUAUUAUCAAUCAUCAUAGAUAUACCUGUAAUCAUUACAAAAUCAAACGUUUGAUCUCAUGCCAUAGUAAAUAAAGUUUUCUCUGAUAAAGUUGUAUGUGUAAUGCAGUUAUAUAUCUUUUGUUCAGAUUAAAUCCUAGGUUAAAAAGUAACCAAACUAAUUCAAAACUAUUUAGAAGAUAAUCUCACCUUACCUCUGUAGAUUUAUAUGGGAACAAUUUUAACUCUGAAAUAUUAUAUUUUCAUGAACAUGUAUAAGCAUUUGCAUUAUCUACCAAUAUCAGAAUUUCUCUGAAUGUAAGAGGAAACUGAAUUUGCCCGGAGGGAAUAUACUUUGUCAUUACAUUAAAUUCACACAAAAUAACAGAAUCAUGUAAAGAGAACAACAACAUUUCGUUGCAAAUCUUUAUGAAGCAAAUUAAAAUCAUAUUAAUCCUUAAAACAAUACUAUUUCACUUAAAAACGUACUUAAAGAAAAGUAUAUAUUUUACAUACCACAUCGCCGACUGAAAGUUUAUAUAAAUAUUUGCCCCAUAACUUAUCAUUCAGCCUGAAGGUCAAUGUUUCUUGUUCAAAAAGUAUGCAUCCUAUUAACUGUUUUUAGAAGAAAAAGGUUAAUUCAUCGUAAUGCACCUCUUUUUUUCGAUUUCGUGUAGAUUACAUUUAUUUACUCUCAUUGAACCAUCAUUAUAAUGUAUGUUUAAUAGGUUUUAAAUUAUGACAAUCAUGAACAGAAGUAUUGAUAAUUAACAUGAUGCCAGCAUUACAAGAGGGACAUUCCAGUAACCGCAUAUUUACGUUAAUUGCACGCAUAACUUCCCAUUAUAAAAUGUAAAUUAUGCAUUUUAAUUAGGAAAUACGACUUUUAUGAAUAAAACACGGUGCAUCGUUAAUGUUAAAUGGAGUAUGGUAUCUUUUACUCAAUAUAAUUAAUGUCAAUAAUGUUAAAUUUGUUACUUUUAUGAUAACAAAUACAAUUCGAUGCAUUUGUCUAAAUUCUUGAAGAUUAAAAAGAACUUUGUUGCCUUAGUUCUUCAUUGCGUAAAAUUGUACUUGUAAUAUAUAAACAUGAAUUUAAUCUGAAAUGGCAAACGACAUGGUUUUAUAAAAAAAAUUGCGAACACAUAACUAUUUUAUUUUAGUCGUAAGAUUAUAAGAAAAUCAAAUUCUUCUCUUUAUUUACUAAGAUAGUAAGGAAAUAUUUAAUACGAAUAUGUAUAAGGUUAUAAAAAUACUAUUUGACCUGUCGCAUAUUACUCUUAAGACAUAAUAUGCAAAAUGCGAUAUGGCCAGAAUUUAUCUUUUUUUAUCUAUUCGUGUGUUCUGGAAAUAUAGUGUAUUGUAUCAAUAUCUGUUUUGGCAUCAAGUGGUGUCAAUGCUUUUGAUUAUUUUCAAAAUGAUUAUAUUCUCUUGUGUUGGUCAUACGUGUAUUUUGUUUUCACGUUAUAAAUCCUUAUGUUAAAAACCUGUUGUUUUUCCAUCUCUUCUGUUGUGUUAUAUUUUGCAGCAAAUAGAUUCUUAAAUUUUGUCUGUCAUAGAGUACACAAACUUUAAAGUAGUGGUUAGUUUUAUUAGCGUGACAGAAAUAAAAUAAAGAAUAUUUUCUUACUUCUAUAUAUAACAAAUAGAUUUGUAGAAAAUGAAAACAACACAUUGUUGGCAUAGACCAGUAGUCUGUAAUAAACAUAAAUUGUCAAUUUUAUGUUAACAAUGGGAUUUGAUAUUCGACAAA